UAGAGCUCUGAAUGAGGCUGAAACCGCAACCCUGUAGACGAUUACUACAAACCUAUCUACCAGCGCAUACUGUCAGCUCGUACCGUGGAUCUCUGGCAGGAAGAUGGCAGGGAAUUCCAUUUAUGACUUUACUAUGGAGUCCCUGGAUGGGAAGCCUGUUUCUCUUGGAGUCUACAGGGGAAAAGUGCUGAUCAUCGUCAAUGUGGCUACUUUCUGAGGCUCCACUAUUGAGGAGUAUCAGAGACUGAAUGCACUGAUGGAUAUGUAUGGUGGUCAGAAUUUUACCAUUCUCGGAUUCCCAUGUAAUCAGUUUGGACUACAGGCACCUGAGGAGAACCAUGAGACCAUGGACGUACUGCGGUGUGUGAGACCAGGUGGAGGGUUCAUCCCAAAGUUCCCCAUUUUCAGUAAAAUUGAAGUCAAUGGGAUAACUGAGGAACCUCUCUUCUCCUAUCUGAAGGAGUGUCUGCCUUCCAACAAUCCCCUCAUUGGAGAAAUCAAGAAGCUUUACUGGUCUCCAAUCAAAGACAGCGACAUCCGAUGGAAUUUCGAGAAGUUCCUCAUCACUGCAGAUGGGAAGCCGUACAGACGAUAUGAUCUACACUGUCCAUUUGAAGAGGUGGAGAAAGAUAUAGCAGCACUCCUUUAGAGAGGAACCAUCCAUCCUGUUGAUGCAUCAACAUCAGACCAACCUCGGAUUUGCUAAAUACCACUCUGAAGGGUUAAUAAUCAUCAGCACAUCAGAACAAACUGAGCACAGAUCAGCAGCUACAGUUGUCCAUCCCUUAGGCCUUGUUUGUAGUCCUGUAGAUAUCAUGGCGAACUGAAACGUAAGUAGAACUCAACCUGUGGGUCUGAACCAACCAGCUCUUCAUUUCAGAUCUGACCACGCUUAAAAAUAAAGGUUUCUGAGUAGUGUUUGGAUGCAUGGUUCUGAGAAGACUGUUAGUUGGUAGGAAACCAUAAAGAGUUUUUCAAACCUCUUUUACAUUAACAUUUAAAUAAUUUAGAGGCAAAUUUUAGAAUUUUUGAAUUCUACGUGAAUGUGCAGGUCAGUGACACAUAAAAGCACUGCGCUGUUAAGAUACCAACACGCCAAAGUCAGAGCACACCUGGCUCUUAAAGGGAAUGGCAAGUGAUAUACUAAUUGGUUUAUUUUGUGAUACAGCCAAAACCCAACCAUGAUUAAUUAAAAGAAUUAGCACAUGCCUUUUGAGCAUAUCGAGCCAUGUAAGGCUUAUUUUUUUCACCCUCAUGAUACCAAAGACACACCGACAUGCCUUAAAUCCAGAUGCGUGAUGCACAAUUGACGUCUCACUAUAGAUCGGUAAAAUAGGGCCUUCUAGCUUUUUACAUAGAAAUUUACAUAAGCUAUGUUCUAAAGGCUACAGAAGAUACCUUAAGAUCAAAAUAUAAAAGACAAUAUAGAUACCUACAAACCAAUACUCCAUAUACUACACUUAUACUACAUUACGUAAGAUAUUCGUAAGCCUUUAAUAAAGAAAAGAAAAGAGCUCAUUUAGAAGAAAGCACAGUACUUCAACGCAUUGCUUCAAAGUCUUUAUCCAAAUGAAAAUGCCAGAUUGUCCCAGAAAACAUUUAAUUAUGUCAUGUAAAUUGUUUUUUCCCAAUUUUCGAAUGUUUGAAGCAGCUGACCUGAAUCAAAUCCCUGAGUUCAUAAUGUUUUGACCCAAAAUCUUCCAAAUAAGAGAUAAAAAAUCUGCUUGUUGUCAACUUGACACAUACACAGUAGAUUUACACAGAUUAUAUUAAUUUAAUGCUGUUAGUGUCAAAAUUGAAAACUGUCAGUGUUAAAUCAACACUGGAAACAUUUCACAACAUUAUCACACCCUUACAUUUUCUUUAUAAACCUCUUGAGAUCCGGUGUCCUCAUAUGGGGACAUCACAUUACUGCUUUUCUCCACCAUUAUACUGAUUUUUUUUAAAACAUUGAACCCUUUGGACUCUAGUGGUCACAUGACUGCAUUACGCUCAAUUGAGUGGCAAUCUAAAUCAAACGUUUAAAUAGCCAGUCCAGAUAGAAUAAUGUGCCAGGUAACAAUCGUCACAACAAUUGUUUUUACACUAAUUGGGUCCUAUAAGGCAAAGAUCAUUGUUAUAAUAUAUGUUAAAAUAAACUGCUGUCCCCAUAUAAGGACAUUGUUUUUUUGCAAAGUGACCUUAUGUUCAAAGACAAGGUUUAGUUUUUAUACUUGUAAAGUCCUACUAAUCCCAAAUAGAAAGAAUACAUUAAAAAAAUCACACCAAGCAGGAGGUUCAUUCAUAAAAUGUUCGAUGUACGAAAAAAGUUACAGUUUCUUUAUUAUUAUUAUUCACUUUUUUAGUUAUCUGCAAGAUAAGUGGCUGUUGGUUUGAUCACUGACUAACCAUCUGAUGUCACUGUGAAAAAGCCCCACAUAUACUGCGACUACCAUUUAGGUGCUGGGACAGAGAUAUCACGGAUGACUGUGUUUCAUGCAUUUUAAAGGAUGGUAAGGAAUUGGAAAUUCCUCUUCUGGGACCCAAAAAAAUAAUGGAACCUUUAUUUUUAAGUGGGUAUAGACAGACAGGGCUGGACUCAGGGACUUCCUCCUUUCUUUAGAUAGAACACUUUUUAGUCUUCUUCUGUUUCUCUGCAUGCUUUAUUAUCCUCCGUUCACCCUGUUCUUCAGUGGUCAGGAUCAUUGGGUGGUGGGUCAUUCUCAGCACUGCAGUGACACUGGAAUGCUGGCGGUGUGUUAGUGUGUGUUGUUCUCGGUGGAUCACGGAGCUGUUUCAAGGCAUUUAAGCAUUUAUACAAGACACAUCUAAUAUAACCAAUGUAAAUCAUCACCUACCGCUGUCUUGUUUGUUUGUUUUUUCUUCCUUUCUCUCCUGCGUUACUGAAGGAUAACUUUGCUUCAUGAUUAAAUCAUUUAAAGGGGCGCUCCCACAGUUAGAUUGAUUGAUUGGUUUGCUUGCCUUGUUGCAACAGGCCUGUUGGAUCAGACACAGCAGUGCUGCUGGAGUUUUUAAACAGUGUAUACACUCACUGUCAACUCUAUUAGACACUCCUUUCUACAGCUGUUCCACCUUGUAUAUGGAAAGUCUGAGACAGAAGCUCUGAAUCUGUUGGAUUGUGUUGAUUGUAUUGGUCAUCCUUUAGUCUUUCAUCAGUGGUCGCAGGACGAUGCCCAGAGGAUUUUACCCCUGAAAAGCUACCCACAGGACGCUGUUGUUGGUGAUGUUUAAGAACUCCAGCAGCACUGCUGCAAUAACAGAAAUCCCUGCUUUGUCGUGGUCAUGUGGGUUCUUGACCACUGAAGAACAGUUUGAAAGGAAGAUAAUGGAUAAAUUAGGCAGAGAAACAAGAAUUAAUCUGACAAUUGAAUAUUCCAUAGAUUUUUCUGGUGUAAAGCUGACAUCUUUGAGAUACAAGGUUUUUGUGACAGCAACAACAUUUUCCUUUGAUACUUUUGAUACAUUACAUUGUAUACACAUCACUUGGGAUGGACCUCAAUGACUCCACUGUCUCUUCAGCUCUGUGAGUGUGUGGGGACCGGUGUCAGGGGCCGUGUGAAGACCCCUCAGUAAAGGCCCUGCAGCAGCUGAGCUGGGUCUGAUGGGGCAGGAGAGGAACUCUGAGCUUCAGUGUGUUCACUCAGAGACCCCGACUCCGCCCAGUCCCGAACACUGCGUCCAAACACUCACAGCGUGCACGCUUACUGUUCCUCUGUGGAAGUGUGGAGAUGUUUUAUACAUGAUGAAUGAAGAGCAGUAAAGGUGCUUUUUAACCUUA